UCACCCCUAAUACUAAAUACCUUGUAGAAGAGAUACAGCGCACGUAUCCGUUUCCUACUUAUCACUUAGUUUCAGUAUCCUGGCAGUUGCACUGCACAGCUUCUUGUCGUUUCUAAUGCUCUGAUUCCUUGAAGCGGGUUACGCGGGACAAGCACGCGAUCCCAUGAUGUCAUCUUGGCAUCUUUUCACUCGACGAGUUGCCGCCAACUCCCCGGACGAAUCUCGUGUAGGAUGGUCGCUAACAUGGAGGAGAGAUCCACCGCCAAGCUGCGCCCCAUCGCCGUUGUCGCUGCGAUUGCCAAGAAGGAGCAGCUGAUCAAGACGGACAUGGAUAGCGAGUUCGCCGAGGAGGAGGGAGAGCUGUUUGCUCCCGAGGAGCAGGCCGAGGCCGGCUUCAAGUGGUCCGAGGUGGUCUGGUACAAUGUGAUCGUGUUGGCCUCGUGGCACGUGGGUGCUCUCUACGCUCUGCUAUUCGUUAUGCCGCAUUGCUCGCUGCUGCAGCUUCUGGUGCUCUGGAUAUUCCUCUGGGUAGUGUCUGGCCUGGGCAUCACGGCAGGUGCGCACCGCCUCUGGUCACACCGCGGCUACAAGGCCAAACUGCCGCUGCGUGUGUUCCUCAUGCUCUGCAACUCGAUGGCCUUCGAGGGCACCAUCUUCGAGUGGUCGCGUGACCACCGCGUGCACCACAAGGGCUCGGACACGACGGCUGACCCGCACAACUCGGAGCGCGGACUCUUCUUCUCGCACAUGGGCUGGGUCAUGGUGCGCAAACACAAGAACGUGCGUGAGGCUGGCAAAAAGCUGGACUUCUCAGACCUACUGGCCGACCCCGUCGUGACCUUCCAGAUGAGGCACUACAUUAAGACGGUGUUGCUCAUGUGCUAUCUGCUGCCCACGGCUAUUGGCUACUACCUGGGCGACGCAUGGGCCGGAUUCUGGGUGGGCGGCGUCUUCCGCCACGUCUGGGUGCUGCACAUGACCUGGAUGGUCAACAGUGUGGCCCACUUCUUCGGCUACAAGCCCUACGACCGCAAGAUUCGGGCCGUGGAGAACCUCAUCGUGGCUAUCGGCGCGAUCGGCGAAGGUUACCACAACUACCACCACAAGUAUCCUUCGGACUACGCGACGAGCGAGUGGGGUGUCCUGAGUGGACAAUUCAACCCGACCAAGGCCUUCAUCGACUUUAUGGCUUUGAUCGGCCAGGCCUACGACCUCAAACGCAGCCGCACAGCCGCCAAGACUCGCGAACGUGUGGCCAAGGAGGUGCGGGAGGAGCGUCUGAAGAACGGUCUGAGUCCAGCCAUGUCGUGGUGGGAUCGCCAGCUGAGCCAGCUCUUCUUCGGCAAGUCGGAGGCGCAGGUCUUCCACUAAGUAGGAGGUCCCUAGAGGCUGUCGCUGGUGUAUGGAAGAGGAAAGUGGAGGUGUGUAUACGAUCAAUUGAGUCCGCGUGUCUUAAUUACACAGAGCCUUGAAGUCAUAGCAACACAUGCAAAACAUUUCCCGUCACUUUACCCAACGAAGCACGAGGAAUUUUGCCACAAGAAAUAGCGCAGCCAUCUUUUGUGCAUAAAGCUUUACUUUCCGCCGCUAAUCCCCGUGUUUACCACGGCUGU